UAUUUUUAUUAUUUUUUUCCUGCUCUUUCUGUUUGGGGGGACUUUUAUUGUGACAGUGUGUGAAUUUCCCUCAGUGUGAGUGCUGGUGAGCUGGUGUUUAGGUUGCUGUUGGUUGGUAACUGUAACUAAUAGUGAAAUAAAGCGGAUUGUUGGGUUGUAGGUGUGAACAGGCGGGUCGGUAGAACUCGGGACAGAAUGACAGAACCUUUGCUGGUUUCGGAGAAGUCUGAGGAGGCGGAGUCAGCUCCGGUAAAGUCCUGCGACUCCGAGACGUCCUCGGUACCGUCCCCGACCCGCUGCGACCCAAACACCCCGGACAGCAAGUCGGUGGGGACAGAUCUGUCCAUGGACGACAUUGAGACCAUUCAGGAGGAAAACCACUUCCUGAGGAAGAGGGUGGGGUCUCUGAUAAAGAAGAUUAAACAGCGGCAGUUUCGCAACCACAGGAGAACGCAGGUGGACGAUUCCGGUCCAUCCAGUCUGGACUCGGACUGUAACGGCGGGGAAAGGCGGACUUUGCGGUCCCGAUUAAAGCUGUGCUCAGUGCGGCUGGUGGACUGCAGGGGCGCUGUGGAGGACGAAGAAGCUCACGACGACCUUUUAUUGGAUGAAGAGGCGGAGGAAGAAGAUGACGUUUUCAAAAUUGUUCUUCCACGGUCUAAAAGCAGGAAGCGGGAAAAGGACUCUCCGUCGCGCCCGGUCGGCAAGAAGGAGAAACGCUACCACUGCUUAUACUGCGAGAAAAGUUUUUACAACUCCGGAAACCUCAACGCUCACCACCGCAUCCACACCGGAGAGAAGCCGUACCAGUGCUCCUACUGCGACAAGAGCUUCACCCAGUCUGGCCAGCUUAAGUACCAUGUGAGGAAGCACACCGGCGAGAAGGCACCGGAGCCACAGAAAAAGAAGGAGAGCAAGAAGGAGAUGUGUCCAUGUCCGUACUGCGGGAAGUGCUUCCCCAGCCAGUCCCACGUCAUCAUGCACCAGAGAAUUCACACCGGAGAGAGGCCGUACACCUGUUCCCACUGCGGCAAGAGCUUCCGGCAGAUGGGUCGUUUGAGGGCACACGAGAGGCUUCACACCGGAGAGCGCCCAUUCUCCUGCUCUGAGUGCGGAAAGAGCUUCAACGAGAAGAAGGACUUUAAGAUUCACCAGACGGUUCACACCAAAGAGAAGCCCUACCUGUGCUCUGUGUGCGGAAAGAGCUUCUCCAGACCAGACGGACUUUACUUCCACCAGAAAAUUCACAGCGAUGUCCGGUCCCACCUGUGCUCCCUCUGCGGCAAGAGCUUCAUUCGCCUGGGCGCACUAAAGAACCACCAGCGGACGCACAGCGACGAGAAGCCCUACCUGUGUCCCCUCUGCGGGAAGUCCUUCAAGACACCACCAUACCUCCAGAAGCACAUCCGGACACACUCCGGUGAACGCCCCUACAGCUGCUCACUGUGCGGCGAAAGCUUCUCGCGCUCCGACAACCUCGUCAGCCACGAGAAACGGCACAGCGGCGAGCGGCUGCAUGAGUGCCCACGCUGCGACAAGACCUUCAUCCUGCCAGAGCUGCUGGUCGCCCACCAGGAGGUGCACACCGGGGAACGUCCGUACCGCUGCUCAGUGUGCGGGGAGACCUUCAGCUACUCCGGAUCUUUGGUGACGCACCAGAAGAAACACACCACAGAGGAGCUCAGCGAAAGCCCUCCGCCAGAUCCUUGAGAUAAAAGCGAAAGUCUUUUGGCUAAUUUCAGUUUUAUUGUACGCUGAUGCACCAAAAGUCAGCGGGACCAGUAUUAAAGUUGGAUGUGAGUCCACCUUCUGUCAGAGUUGCUUUAGCAUCUGUACCCACAAUCAAUUCUAGCCAGACACUGCCGGUCUCCAUCAUCUCCAUCAUUUCCCCCCGCUGCACUGUCCAUAAUUUACCAGUCUUUCCCAAACCUUACUCACAAGAUAUCACCUCACAACUUAUAGAAGUGUGGGCGGAUGUUCCCAAACCAUCCCUCCCCAAGAUAUCACUUCAUGAUCAACUUAAUUUACAUACUGCUGUCCCAUGACUUUUGGCAAGUCAGUGUACACAGAUAAUCCAGUCCAAUUAAAUUUUGCACUGAUAUGGGAAUCGUGGUCCAGUGUCGAUAUCUGACAUCGUUAAUGUCUGUAUCUGUAGAAGGUGAUACGUUUUUUAAAAGGUAUAAAUCAGCUUUACAGAAUAAUAGAACGUUUAUUAGUGGAGUUUUGCAGGGUUUUUUUGCAGUUUUUUUAGUGCUAAACACUUUGAUCUUCUGGAGAUUAAUCAAUAUAUCACACAUUACUUUAUAACUGAUACCCUUGACAUAGCUGCAAAUGUUCUGCUUUUUUUGUUACUUGUCCAAUAUUUGGCUAAUGCAGCUAACAAGCAUUGGAAACGUAUGUACACUAAUUAGCAUGGUGCUAACUGCAUGCAUGCAUCUGAAACAGUCUCUCCAGUAUGUAUUAUUUUUACAUUUUGUACCUUAUAGGUAAGUAUGUAUUUUAUUAUUUAAAAUUUCUUUAUAUCAACUGAAGACAGAUGUAAGGCUAUUGUCCAGUAUGAAUUUUUGCCAAGCUUUUGUUUUUAAAGGCCAGAGGAAAGGAUAUCCUACAGUGCAUACAUUGUGGCAGCAGUAAGCUUCCAUCCAGUACGAUUGUUUUGUAAUUUUAUUCCAGAAUGUGUUCAGAGGUAAGUCUCUAAAAUGUAUUCUAUUAGUAAUGUCUCCAUUAAGUUAUACCUGUUGAAUCCCAAAAGUUUCCCAGUAUGUAUUUAAAAGUUUUUUUUUUAUGUUAAAUGUAUGUAUGGCUUCUAUACAUUUUUGUACAUACUAAACGCUUUUGUCCAGUAUUUAAUUCCAAAUUAUUACACCCAGAGUAAACUCUUCUCCAUUAAGUAUUUUACAAGUAUUAAAUAUUAGAGGUAAAGCUUUUCCGGUAUGUAUUUUUUAAAUACUUGAACCUCGAUGAAAGCAUCUUCUUCCAGUAUGUACUUUUUUUAGUGCAGUACUGCAGAGGUAAGCAGCAAGGGUCCCUUACUUGGAUGUUGCUCUUUGUAUGUAUGUAUCCAGUAAAAAUACAAAAAAAUGUAUUUUAAGUAUUGAAUGGAGGAAGUUAGGCUUUUAUAUCCAGUAUGUAUUUUUGCUGCUAUACAGUGUAACACUACAGCAGGUUUGCUGGAGAUCACUGAACCCUUUUAUAGAGGGUUUGACAAGACUGUGCAAUGACUGGAUAUGGAGUUAGCACCAUGCUAAUUGGUGGACUAUAGGAUUCCAUUGCUUGUUAGCCACAUUAGCAUCGUAGCUCCAAGGGAACCUUAGACACCAAACAUGUCUCGAAUAAAUGCCUGUACUUGUGUUGAUGGGGAGGGGACUGUACAUUUGCUGUAAUUGUAUUUUAUUAUUUUUUUAACGAUUGUUUUAAUAUAUUUUAUCGUCUUUAUACUGAGAUAAAGGAACUCACAAAUGGACAGAUUAACAUUUUGAACUGGCUGAACAUAAUUCAUAAUUUCUGUUUUUUUUUUUUUUGUUUGUUUUUCAUUGUUGUUUGUUGCAGAAUCCUAAAAGGUUGGCCUGGUGGGGGCGCUGUACAUAUUUCCAAUAUGUACAAAAAGCAUUUGUUCGCGUAUCCAUUAUGCAUUCUUUUCUCCAGUGACUAAAAACAAUUAAUUACUGCAUGUUCAACAUUCAGUUUCUGCAUACAUAACAUUUAUAUUUUUAUACUGUUUAAUGAAAGGUACAACAAAAUGCAUUGAGAAGGACUUUUAUUUUGAAAGCUGAAGGCUGCUCCCGCAGAUGUACAGUAAGACAAUGUUCUCAGUGUGAGUCUAAGACUUUUGACUGAUCUUUUGGCCAUGUAGUGUUUCAAGGAAAAAUACUCAAUAUGCCAAUAUUUUUAUUUUAUUAAAAAACAAAUGUAAAAAUCA